AUGUCAAAUAAUAUUUUGAAUGCUAUUCAACUUAUUGCACACGCAAUUAAAAGAUACAUUAGAGUUGGAUAUGAACUUACUGAUGGAACAAACAUUGAGACAGCACUUCAAAAUCUAAGUGGAACGUCUGUAGCACAGAUUGAGCCAAAUCGUAAUAAAACAAUAGAGGAAUUAGCAUUAUCAGAAAGUCAAUUUGCAGGAUACAUUCGUGCCUGUUUUCUUCCUCAUAUUGGAGUGUGGACUGACUUCCAACCUGCGCAGGUUGUACCCUUUAGUAGAAGACCAUCACCAACAUUUUCUAAACCAUCUAUACCAGAGACCAUAUGGAAAAUGCCAACUCCCAGAAAAACAGAACUACCAACUAAUGAAUCAGUUAGUACUGAAAUGUCAGAUGUCAUAACGAUAAAAGAUAAAAGUAUUGAUCAGGAGUUUCCUUUUAAUGCGGGAUGGGCCUUAAAAGAAAAUAUGAAACUUGGCAACAAGGGUGCGGGAAAGCAUAUGACAAAGAAAGUAUUACAAUAUUUGCAAGGUUUUUUUUUGGCUGGAAACUUAAAAACUGAAGAUCGUUACUCUCCUGAAGAUAUGCACGCUAGUCUAAAAGACUUGGCUAAGAAUGAAGAACUUGCUUUCGAGGAAGUACCAACAGUAAAAACCAUUAAAGGUUGGAUCGGAAGAUAUAGUGCGAGCUUCAAAAAAGAAGUGUCAGAAAGAGCACUAACUGAAAGUAACAAUAGCGAUAUUCAUACUUCGACAUAUAAUGAGAAGAGUGAUAGGAUUAGCAAACGUCAAAAAAUGCAGUUAGAAUAUAACUAA